CCCCUCCUCCGCAAACCGACCGCAUCAUCACUCACUCUCCAUCUAACUCUUCUGACUUCAUAUCUUCAGAAGAUCCAAUUACUUUCGACUUGAUAACUUCAAAAGGUCAUGCUAUAACCGACACUUCAUUCGACUCGUCUGCGGUGUCUCCUUUACCCCCACAAUGCGCGUCCCCGCUCCACUCUUCCGCAGGAGUUGGACCUCCUCCAUAGCGAACGCUGGCAGAUUAGCUCCUAGACAACUCACCCUUUCAUCUCCACGGCCGGUAUAUAACAUCUCAAGACAGGGCACCGCCUCUACAACUCGAUUCAUCGCUAGCUACACACACCCGCAUCAUGCCUCCGCAAUCUCUGUUCUCCCCACGGCGGUGGAUACCUCAUCGCCCGACUUCAAAGAGAAUGCUCAACAAAUGCAAGAAGUUCUAGAUAGGAUGAACAGCAUCCACAGUACAAUUGCGCAAGGAGGUCCACAGAAAGCCAAAGACAAGCAUAUUGCCCGAGGAAAAAUGCUACCCCGGGACCGAGUCUCAGCUCUCAUCGACCCAGGGACAUCCUUUCUCGAGCUCUCACAGCUAGCAGGUCACGAGGUCUACCCGGGAGAAGAUGUUCCUGCAGGAGGUAUUAUUACCGGGAUCGGAACGGUCGAAGGAGUGACGUGUAUGAUCGUUGCAAACGACAGCACUGUCAAGGGCGGCACAUACUACCCCAUCACGGUGAAGAAGCACCUCCGUGCGCAGGCCAUUGCUCAAGAGAACAAGCUUCCGUGCAUCUACUUGGUUGACUCCGGUGGUGCCAACCUUCCGCACCAAGCUGAUGUCUUCCCGGACAAGGAACACUUUGGCCGCAUCUUCUUCAACCAGGCCCGGAUGAGCUCGCAGGGUAUUCCCCAGAUCUCCGUCGUCAUGGGUCCGUGUACCGCGGGAGGCGCCUAUGUUCCAGCCAUGAGCGACGAAACAAUCAUCGUCGAAAACCAGGGAACAAUCUUCCUCGCUGGGCCUCCUCUCGUCAAAGCCGCCACCGGCGAGGUCGUCUCAGCAGAAGAUCUAGGGGGUGGUCAACUCCACAGCACAAUAUCUGGAGUGACGGAUUACUUAGCUGUCGAUGAUGCCCAUGCCCUCGUACUCGCACGCCGCUCCAUCUCUAACCUCAAUUACCCAACCACAACAACUGCCAACAAUCUAUCUCUCACAGGCAACAACAACAACAUUGGCAGCAUAAAGGAACCCCUCUACGACCCUGAAGAGCUCAAUGGUAUCGUGGGCACAAAUCUGCGUCGCCAGAUUCCAGCCCACGAAGUUAUCGCCCGCAUUGUCGACGGCAGUGAGUUCGCCGAGUUCAAGCGCGACUACGGGACAACCCUCGUCACCGGUUUUGCCCGCAUCCACGGUCAUCAAGUAGGCAUUGUCGCCAACAACGGUAUUCUCUUCUCCGAGUCAUCCCUCAAGGGUGCACACUUCAUCGAACUCUGUGCGCAGCGCAAGAUUCCUCUCGUCUUCCUUCAAAACAUCUCAGGCUUCAUGGUUGGAGCAGACGCAGAAAAGGGCGGUAUUGCAAAGAACGGCGCGAAGCUCGUUACCGCCGUAGCCUGCGCUGAUGUCCCUAAGUUUACUGUCGUCUUUGGUUCUAGUGCCGGUGCAGGAAACUAUGGCAUGUGCGGCCGUGCCUACUCGCCCCGCCUUCUCUUCAUGUGGCCCAACGCAAAGAUUGGCGUCAUGGGCUCCGAGCAGCUCUCCUCCGUCAUGGAAGCCGUCGGCCGCACCGCAGACCCCGAGCUAAAGGACCGCAUCGAUCGCGAGUCCGAGGCAACCUUCUCCUCUGCACGGCUAUGGGAUGACGGUGUUAUCCCACCGUCACAUACAAGACGGGUCCUGGGCUUGAGUUUGUCCGCUGCUCUGGGCGGAAAGGUAGAUGACGUACAGACGAGGUUUGGAGUGUUCAGGAUGUAGAUUCCGUUUGAUUUUCUGUUUUACCCGUUCUACUUGGCGUUGGAAUGGGGGUUGUUAGGGGCUUUGAAGUAAUUAUAGCAUGAAAGAAAACAAUAGCGUUGAAUCGUAGCCAAAAUGACAGCCUAGAAGGCCCGUUGCCUAUUCCAGACUUGAGUUUAGGGUUUCGGAGCCGGAGCCGGAACCGGAACUCGUAGUCUACCCCCGUGGAAAACUUUGAGCUCAU